CUUUAUUGACCCGUCGGGCUUCCCAAGAUCGGAAGCCCCGGCCGCCAAGCAAAGUACUAUCGUCCUCCUCCCGCGGCCGAAGGCCUGCUUCCGGCGCCCCGCCCGAUGGCGUCCGCCGCUGCCACGGCUCACCGCAAGGGCCCUCCGAGACAGGAAAGCCCGCGCGCGAAGGUGUGGCUGUAUCUAAUGCUCCUUACCUUGCAGUACGGCGCACAGCCGCUCAUCUCCAAACGCUUCAUCAGGCGAGAUGUUAUUGUGACUUCAUCUGUUCUAGCGUGCGAGAUGGCAAAGGUUAUUUGUGCUCUAUUUCUUUUAGCCAAAGAAGGUAGCUUCAAGAGGCUAUGGAAAGAAUGGACCUUGGUUGGGGCAUUGACUGCAUCUGGCCUUCCAGCAGCCAUUUACGCAUUGCAGAAUAGUUUGUUACAGAUAUCGUACAAGAAUCUAGAUUCACUCACCUUUUCAAUCCUUAACCAGACAAAGCUAUUCUUCACUGCAUUUUUUACAUAUCUUAUUUUAGGGCAGAAGCAAUCACCUAAGCAAAUUGGGGCUCUUACCUUAUUGAUCGUUGCUGCCAUUCUUUUGAGUGUUGGUGAGAGUUCUGGCAAAGCUUCCGCUAGCAGUAACUCUGAUCAGGUUUUGCUAUAUGGAAUUAUUCCUGUUAUGAUUGCUUCUGUUCUUUCCGGUUUGGCUUCUUCUCUGUGCCAAUGGGCCUCUCAGGUGAAGAAGCACACAUCAUAUAUAAUGACUGUAGAAAUGUCAUUUGUUGGUAGUUUAUGUUUGCUGGCAAGUACUUACAAGUCACCUGAUGGAGAGGCAAUACGAAAAUAUGGAUUCUUUCAUGGUUGGACUGUGUGGACUCUGAUACCAGUUGUAAUGAAUGCUGUCGGAGGGAUUCUUGUCGGUCUUGUCACUGCUCAUGCUGGAGGUGUCAGAAAGGGGUUUGUUAUAGUCUCUGCAUUGCUCGUAACUGCAAUGUUGCAGUUUCUUUUCGAUGGGAAACCACCCUCGGUGUAUUGCCUUGCGGCACUACCUCUUGUCAUCAGCAGCAUUGUGAUAUACCAGAAAUAUCCAUAUGUUGCAAGAAAGAAGGAGGAUUAAGCACAAAGUCAUUCUGAUUUCAGAGAGCAGGGUGUCGUUGCCAUGCUCUCAUUCUGCUAACAAUAUCUUGUACCAAUGGACAUUCUGAUACAACCGAAACAUGAAACUCAAGCAAAGACAAUUGAUCUGGUAAUUGUAUUCCAUGUGUUCUAUUACAGAUUAUACACCUUUGAUUGUUUACUCUUUAAUAUUUUUUCUGUAAUUUCUUUAAAUAUAAGUACUUAUAGGAUUAUACAUCA